GGCUACUAGGGUUCACCUACUAGGCAAAAUUACCUAGGUCCGCCUCUGCCUAUAAUAUAGCUUUUGCCUUCUGUGAGGCUUAAUGGGAUUUUUGAUGAAAAGAGUCUAGAAUUUCAGUGGCUACUAUUAAAUAGUAAAAAGCUGGUAAUCUGAAAACCCAAAGGCUUGUGCACCUUUUAAGCUAUUAUAGUGUUAUUUUAUAAGCUACUCUUUAUUGCUAUAUUAUUUGAUAUUAAAACAUUGAGGAGGUCUAGACCACCAACAUCUAAAGAGCUUGGUGUUUUCUGCCAUUGCUCCAGGGCAGGACAACUGGCCUUUUUGCCAGGGAAAGACAUCCCUGCUGCUCUCCCAUCUGCCCACAUUUGCUGCUGACCUUCUUCAGGGAGUUUUUCACUAGUGGAUGCAUUUGUUGAAGGACUUUAUUGGAUGAGAUGAUUACUUCUUCCCCCCAAAUUGUUCCUUUCUCCACCCAAAACAAAAGCAGAUGGAAGAAUGGGGUAAUGAAUGUUGUGUUUUUUUGGGCAGAAGAGGGAAAUUAAACAAACAUCUAAAACUUGACUAGCCUGGCAAAAUGAAGUUGCCACCUGAAGAUAUCCAAUUAUGCAUGCCAUAGAAAGCAAAUAUUUUUUUUAUUUGUGAUUAUCGCAUUUUUAUUUUCAGAGCUGUAAUUGCUGCUUGUGGCUUUUCUGCAUGAUCUUCCCAAAUAACAAUGUACUAUGCUGACUGUGAGUGGAGAGGGACCCUUUGUUCAUCUUCAGGCAGAAGACUAUCUUAUGGCUUGUCUACACAGACUAAAAAAAUCGUAGUCACCUCAUAGGUGCUGAGAUAGUGACAAAUGAUGUCCAUGACAGUUCUUUGGGCUUUAACCCAGUUCAAAAAUCCUUGCUUUUUAUCCUGUUGUGUUACAAAAAAACCCAGAUUUUUUGACACUUGCCAACCGAAGGGCAUUGCAGAGUUGGGAGUGAGAUUCGUGAUGAACAGAACAAGUUGGUGGGAGAUUAUCAUUCCUGCUUUGUUGUUUAUUCAUUCAGUCGUUUCCGACUCUUCAUGACCUCAUGGACCAGCUCAGGCCAGAGCUUUCUCUUGGGUGUCGCCACCCCCAGCUCCUUCAAGGUCAAGCCAGUCAUUUCAAGGAUAACAUCCAUCCAUCUUGCCCUCGGUCGGCCCCUCUUCCUUUUUUCUUCCAUUUUCCCCAGCAUCGUUCUCUUCUCCAAACUUUCCUGUUUUCUUGUUAUGUGGCCAAAGUACUUCAUCUUUGCCUCUAAUAUCCUUCCCUCCAGUGAGCAGCGGGGCUUUAUUUCCUGGAGUAUGAACUGGUUGGAUCUUCUUGUGGCCCAAGGCAAUCUCAGAAUUUUCCUCCAACACCACAGUUCAAAUGCAUCUUCCUUCGCUCAGCCUUCUAUAUGGUCCAGUUCUCUCAUCCAUAGGUUAUUAUGGGGAAUACCAUUGCUUCAUUCCUGCUAGGAAGUGUUUUUUUUCCCUGGGUUGAUUUUUUUAAGAUUAUAACUUAAUUGCUUUUUUCCUUUAAGUAAGAAGAAACAAGACUAUUCUUGAGAAAUACUGGAUGAAAUAUUCCCAAUAUCAUUCCUUGGAGGAAUGAAUGUGGGAGGGGCUGGGACAGGACUCACUCCAACCUCCAAAAUUGCUUGCCAUGGAAUUUAUCUUCCCAUCUUUAUUAACUGAAAUCUACCCUAUAAGUGCCUUAAGUAGGUUGUGGAGUAAGAUGAAGAACCUUCAUCAUCCCCACUUCCAUCUUCUUUAUUAUCACUACUGUUGCAAACAUUAAUGUUCCCAGAAUUCUUUGAGGAAAGCCAUCACCAAUUAGUUGAGAUCUACAACUAAUUACACCCAUUAAAAGUGUUGUAGAAAUGAACCAUGAUGUUAAUAUUCACUUAAAACCUUGCCCUGGGAAGGCUCCAAGGUGUGCUUUGUGUAGUUUUGCUCAUAUCCUUUAAGACUAGCAAAAUGCUUCAAAAAGUAGAGAAGAAACAGUCAUGGAAAAUGUAAUCAUUUUUCAACAUAGUCAUAAUCAAGGCUGAGUAGUGCUGUGCUAAAUAUUCAUCAACUUUUUUUUUCACCAAGAGAUACUAUUUUGGGAAAGGAGAGCAUCCAACAAACAAGGGCAUUCUACUUAUUUUUGAAAAUGGUUUUUCGUUCUAACAUCUUUGACUCGUCAUCCAACACAACAUUUCCCCUAAUGGCUUCUUCACCCUGCUACAGGAGAUCACAUGUCCUCUUAAUUCAAGAUCUGUCUCUCCAAAAAUUACACAUGAUUUACAGAACUAAUAAAGCAAGAUGUAAGAGACAUCAAUAUGCAUGGUUAUAGUCUGGAAUGUUCAUCUGGUGGUGUAUUAUGUCAUUGCAUUGAUAAGCAGCAAAUAUCAGUUAUUGAGGACUGCUCGAACUAAAAGCAAGUGGUGGCUCCUAUAUCAGUAGGGCAAGGGGUUUGUGCUUUGGAUUUUAGUCUGAAUUUUGAAGAACAGCUUUGAUGCCAAACCUCGAGAAUAGAGUUCAGCACCUUGGAUGUCUCUUUUAAAGUUCAGACCAAACUCAUCACCCCACUGACAUGGGAGCUACCGGCCUGUAAUGCAGUGGUUUCCAGUCAGUGGUCCGUGGACCACCAGUGAUCAGCAAAAACUGAAAUAUGGUCCAUGAAACAAUUUAAAUUUUAAACCUUUAUUCAUUUGAAUAAAUCCAUUGAUACAUUGGUGGUGCCAGUGAAUAGGACAUUGGGCGAGCACAGGAGGCCGGGAGGAGGGCAAGCAAUCAAUGUCAUGUGUCAUGUACUCAUGCCACCCAGUGUCAGUCAGUCACAUGCAUUCUUUUGUCUUGCUUGGCCAUGUCAGUGAUUCUGCUUUGCUGUUUAGUGAUUUAAUGGCUCCAGUAGUCCUCAAUAUUCAUAUUAAUUGUUGGAGAGGUUGCAGAAGAAAUCCAGGAAGAGCUCAUUGAAUUUCAAAAUGAUAGAAACUGCAAGGACGUGUUUGCAUCUGAUUCUCUUGAGGAAUUUUGUUGUAAAAAAGCAAAAUUUUAUACUAAAAUUUGAGGAAUCACCUUGCGCUAUCUUAUUCUCUUCUCCACUAUUUAUGCCAACAAGGGUUUUCUGCUUGCUGGUAAUUAAAAACAAGUCCAGGAAUUGAUUGAAAGUAAGUGAAGAUAUAUGGGUGUAGCUUUGAGCAAUAAUAUUAGCUCCAGGAUUACCCAACUUGUAAAGAAGAUGCAAGCUCAAAAGUCACAUUGAUACAAACUGAAUUUAAUUUUCUAUUAAAAAUGUUAUUUUUAUAUUAUAAUAGUGCUCUUAAUUCAUGUAACUAUUAAUUUUAACAAAUAUGUUAAAAGUUUGAUGAUGAUGAUGAUGAUGAUGAUGAUGAUGAUGAUGAUAAUAAUAAAAAACUUUAUUUCUAUUCUGCCCUAUCUCCCUGAAGGGACUCAGGGCAGAUUCCAACAAAUAACGGCAUACAUAAAAUUAAAGUUUAUUUUUAGAUUAACACAGUUUAUUAUUCUUGAACCUUGUGAUCCCUGCUAACAAAAAAAAAAAAAUCAAAGCUGUCCCUGGUCAAAAAAGGUUGGGAACCACUGUUGUAAUGUUUUAUGCUGGCAUUUUACAUCCUUACAUUGUAAUGACAGUGCUGGCCAAAGACAAUGAAAGAUUGGCGAAUGAAAAUAGGUGAGCAUUUUAAAUGUCCUGCUAAACCAAUCCUGAAAACAAAGGUUAUCUUGGGGCAGUGAUGGAAAGGAAUUUGGCAGUAUUUUCCUGCUCCGCAGCCAGCACUUCCAGCUCUGCUCCAAGUGCAGUCAACCUGGAAAAAUUCAUAGAAUCCUCUUCUUCCAAUUGACUGACAUAGUUUCUGCUAGUGGGAUUUUUUGUGUGUGGCUUUCUUGGACAGUUCAUCUUCAAAAGCUCCAAGAUGACAAAGGUUGGCGUUAAAAGACUGAAGAAGCUGUGUUUAAUGAGAACAAGGAGAGGAAAAGCCCCCUAAAUGCUUGUUCUGCGCAGCUUGACUGCAGAGCUGUCACAAGCUUUAUUUAAGGAAAUUGUCUCUUCUGUUUAUUCAACUCAUUUUCAUCUGAAAAGAAUCUGCAUCUCUGAGCUGCUUCCCCUAAAGCCAGGAAAUCCACUCUGCCAGAUCUUCCUUCUAUUGAUUUGCGUGUCAGCAGUUCAAAUGGGGUAUUUAUACUGUGGCUGAACACCUAAUAAAAAUUUAAAUGAUAGCUUUGCGAAAAAAAGGGGGUGGAUAAGAGAUAGAGGCGAUGGCUGAGCAUUGGCAGGGGGGACUGGUAAAACAGUGAUAGUCUACAAAAGACGUGAACACACACAUACAGAAAAAAUAAUAUUUUGUAAAGUUUAGAAGAAAAAUGGGCCCAACAUAGACAAUGACAUACCCCGGGCAAUUUCUCCUCCUCUCCUUUAUAACCUGUAUCUUGACAUCAUUGUGCUAUAUCUUUCCAUGUUUCUGCUCUACUUUAUUGUCUGACUGUCAUUGGUAGAGAUAUAUGGUCAUUCUAAAGUCAUUAGAAUACAACUUAAAGUGUACAAUAGACAUUAUGGCAGGAAAGGAGGUUACACAACAUGAAAACUGCCAUAUUUGGACAGCAGUCUUAAGUUCUCACUCUGCCAGGAAAUAGUAUCCAGCUCUCUUCAUGGCAAAUAUAGAAAAUGACCUCCUAACAAGUGAAACCUUUGAGAUAUCCAGCUUUAGUAUCAUGUACAGUAGAGUCUCGCUUAUCCAACAUAAACGGGCCGGCAGAAUGUUGGAUAAGCGAAUAUGUUGGAUAAUAAGGAGAGAUUAAGGAGAAGCCUAUUAAACAUCAAAUUAGGUUAUGAUUUUACAAAUUAAGCACCAAAACAUCAUGUUAUACAACAAAUUUGACAGAAAAAGUAGUACAAUAUGCAGUCGUGCUAUUUAGUAAUUACUGUAUUUACACAUUUAGCACUAAAAUAUCAUAAUAUAUUGAAAACAUUGACUACAAAAAUGCGUUGGAUAAUCCAGAAUGUUGGAUAAGCGAGUGUUGGAUAAGUGAGACUCUACUGUACUUUGUUUGGCAUUUACUCCCCCGAGUUUUAAACAAAGAUAUUUUCCAAACUGGAGAUAUUGUGGAUUGAACCUGGAACUUUUAACAUGUAAAACAUGCACUUUAUGCUCCUAGGCUAUUUUCCAUCUCCAAAGGUGGAACAGACACUAUAUACUACUACUUAUCAUUUUGUUUAACACAUCUUGGCAUUUGUAGUUUUGCUGUAGUUGUAUUGACCAUGGAUUUGAGGGUGGAAGUAGAAAUGUGUUACUCAUAGUAUAGAGUUAGAAAGGGCUUCAUCAUACUGCAUUGAGUCCAAGCUCCAGAGCUCAAUACAGGAACACCAGCUAGCAUCCCAGCAGGUAACUUUUCUCACUCUUUUUGAAGGCAAGCUGAGAAAAAAUUCUCUCCACCUCUUUAAGUAAUUAGUUCCAUUGCCAAACCGCUCUUAUUGUGAAGAGAUUCUUUCUAAGGUUCGGUGAAAAUCUAGCCUUCUGCAACUUCAAACCAUUAGCAGACAACAAGCCGACCGCCUCCUCUUUGUGACAGCACUUCAAAUAUUUAAAGGGUGCAAUAAUGACUUACCUUAACCAGGCUGAAAAGCCUCAAUUACCUCAAUGUUUUGUUCUACAUAUACCUUACCAUCCUUGUUGCCCUUCUCUGAGAUCACUGCAAUUUAUCUAUAUCCUUCUUAAAAUGAAGCACCAAGAACUGAAAGAACAGUAUGGUUUAGAUAAGGUUUUACCAGCACAGAAUAUAGUGGAACUUUUAUCUCCCUCAAAUCAGAAACUAUGCUUCAAAAUGCAGUCUAAAAUAGUAUUUGCCUUCCUUUGUUGCAAGAUCACACUGCUGAGUCCUGUUCCAUUUUGGAUUAACUAGAAUCCUAAAGUCUUUCCUCCACAUAGUACUGUUAAUCUGAGUACCACUACCCCAAUCCUAUACAUGUGCAUUUAGUUUUUGUGGCCUAAAUGUAGGCUACAAAACUACUUCUUCCCAUUUUGAUUAUCACUACCCUGUUUCCCCUAAAAUAAGACAUCCUCAGAAAAUAAGACCUAGUAGAGGUUUUGAUGAAUUGCUAAAUAUAAGGCCUCCCCUGAAAGUAAGACCUAGCAAAGUUUUUGUUUGGAAGCAUGCCCAACGAACAGAACACCAGAGAUUGCAGGAUCGGUAAAUGUAUGUACCAUAGAUAGUUGUACAUGGAAAUAGUAGUAGUAACAAGAAAUUCUUGAUAGGAUUUCACAGUUUGUCUGGUUAUGCUGGUUUGUGAUGACAACUACUGUACAGUAUAUAAUAAAUGUUCAUUUUUUGUUCAACAAUAAAUGUGAAUUUUUCUUCAUGGAAAAAUAAGACAUCCCCUGAAAAUAAGACCUAGAGCAUCUUUGGGAGCAAAAAUUAAUAUAAGACACUGUCUUAUUUUAAGGGAAACACGGUAUGUAACAAAAUUUAAAAUAAAAUUCUGUUCCUGGUAUGAAAAUGUUAUUUUCCGUUUAAUUGUGCUUUGUACUUUGAAAGUAGUUGUUAUACUGCAGAAACUUCAUUUUUGUGGCUGCUACAAACUAUGUUGAAUUGGUUGAGACUCAAUGAGAUAUUCAUUAAAAAAACUAAAGCAAAAUGUGCUGCGGGAUGUCCCACAAAAAACAAGGUUUUUGCAGUUUAAAAUACUUUUUCCAUGUUUUUAUGACAGAACCAAUGAUGACAUUAUUUUUAUAAUACAGGUACAAAAAACUUGCGACAUCAUGUUAUGGGUCAGUUACAGCUUGGUUUCCAGUAGACUUGUGCUUUCAGGGUAAACCUUGCCCCAUUUCAUGUCUCGGCUUUUGUUGGGAGCCUCCCGAAAUCAGGAAGGUAGAUAUUUUUGGUUUGGGGCUCCGAAAAUCAGACUUAUGGGUAGGACUUCCUGCCCACUGACUUGCCUUCCUGGGGCACGUUUUAAGGAGGCUUCUGUUCUUACCUGACAAAUGCCUUUUCUACUGUAUAGUAAGGUGCUCGGCUACAGGCACUGGCAGGCUCAUACACUUUCCAGGCCUGCCUGCACACCACACCACACACGCACUCUCCUUGAAAAGAGAGUGCGUGUGUGGUGUGAUGUGCAGGUAAGCCUUGAAAGCACUCAUGCCUGCCAGUGCCUGCAGCCAAGCACCUUUUACUCUAGUCUAGAUUAAGAGGUGCUCAGCUGCAGGCAUGCUUUGGGCCUGCCUGCACACCCUGUCACACAUACACUUUAUUUCCAUGGCAAGGAGGCAAGUUCAGCUGCAAACGAAAGCAGGCUUUCAUGUCAAGAAGAUUUUUGUGCAGGGAGGGGGCUUCCCAUUUCCUGCUCCCGAAGAAAUGGAAUACAUGAAAGAAAUGGUAGGAACGGUAGGAACAAAUUCUGCGCACAUGUCUAGUUUCCACUUGAAGUUUAUAAAUCUUUCCUCAGAAUAUAGGAGAAGUCUAUGAGCCAUCCAUGGCCAUUUCCUUCAGCUAACAGAAUGGAAGAAAUGCCUGGCUAUUCAUCAACAGGUUUCAACAUAGCCUCAGCUAACUUCCUGCUAACUUCUGGCAUUUUACUGCUCCCUCUUCAUUUCAGUUGGUUUCUUUUUCAGGAUUGUCAUAUUUGUUGACUGAGGAAAAUCCUGCUCAGAGAUGAGAAAGGAAGCAUUUUCUUUAAAAGGAGAUGUUGAUAGCAUAGCAUAUUGUUAGAAAGUCCAGUAUGCUAAACCAUGAAUCUUACAGUGCAAGCAGUCACAGCAUUGUUCAGAGAGGAUCAUACUUCGAAAAGUCCAUGAAGGCCAUCCUGUCUCACCUCCACACAUAAAGCACUCCCAACAGAUGAUCAUACACUCUCUGUUUAAAAACCUCCAAAGAAGGAGACCCAUCUUAUUUUGGGGAAACAUAUUCCACUGUCAAACAGCUCUAACCAUCAGGAUGUUCUUUCUAAUAUUUAGGUGGAAUCUUUUUUUCAUGCAAUUUGAAACUAUGGCUCUGUGUCCUAGUCUUUAAAGCAGCAGAAAUCAAGCUUGCCCCCUCCUUAAUUUGAUGUCCUUUCAGAUAUUUAAACAUGGCUUUCAGAUUUCUUUUCUCCAUGCUAAACAUAUCUGGUUCCCUCAGUCAUUCCUUGUAAGUCUUGGCCUCUAGAUACUUGAAAAUUUGGUUGCCCUUCUCUGAACACAUUUCAACUUGUCAAUAUUCUUUUUGAAGUGUGGUGUCCAGAACUAGACAUAGUAUUCCAAGUGAAGUCUGAUGAAAGCAGGACACAGUGGGCUUUUUUUUAGCUGCUGAAUCACACUGUUAACUCAUAUUCAGCUUCUGGUCUCCCAAGACUCCUAAAUUCCUUCCACAUGUACUAUUUUCAAGCCAGAACUGUGUGAGUCCCUUGAAAAAAGCAGGCGAGAAGGGCAAUAGAUGAAUGGAUCAGUGUUGCUAGUUUCAAGACAACUGUAUUUCCAUUUCCAAUUUCUUCAUAGUGCCUUCAACCAAAAUGUAGCCUGGUGUAGUCACUGUCUAGCUUGGUGGUUUUGCUCAUCCCAGACUCUAAGAGACAGUUCUUCAUAAAAGAUGAUCAUGUACACUUGGCUAUGAUGGGAAAGUGCUGGUGAGGGCUGAAUUAUGAUAGUUUUACAUAUUUAAUAUAUAACGCAUGUUUUGAUAACCUUGAUUUAAUUAGGGAGCUGAGUAUGCCUGCCUUGCUUGGCACAAGUCUGCCCAUGCGAAGCAGGUGAACAUAGCAUUGAAUGAAACAUACAAAAUAAUCACAGGAUGUCUUAAACCUACACCUGUUGAUAAACUCUACAAGUUAGCUGGCAUUGCCCCCCCCCCCGAUGUGCGACAGGACGUUGCUGCUAACUGUGAGAGAAAUAAGGUUGAUCACUGUGAAAGCCACCCACUGCAUGGCUAUCAGCCUCCUCCCAGUAGACUCAAAUCAAGGAAAAGCUUCAUAAGGACCACCACUCCUCUUGACAUUCCCCCAGCAACAGCGAGGGCAUCCCUCUGGGCAGCUAAGCCAGGAAAUCCUAGUUGGAUGCCCCCCUCCCCCACGAAGGUCUGCCUCCAGGGGCAAACCAAGAAUGGGCAACCUGGAAGCCCCUGAACAGACUCAGAAGUGGAGUGGGCAGAUCAAAAGACAACCUGGAAAAAUGGCCCAGCCUAAAAGAAUCCUCCAUCUUGUGCAACUGUAGAGCAGAGCAGACAACUCCGCAUCUGUACACUUGUCCACAGUGUCCUGCCUCAUGUACAGAGGAAGAAUUGUUUGAGGCUACAGGCAAUGCGAUCACUGUUGCGCCUUUUUGGUCAAAAGAUACUUAGUUACUUGUGCUCCUUUUAUUUUUUAUCCGUUUUAUACUAAUUUAUGCAAUGCUUUUGAUAAUAAAUAAAUAAAUUAGGGAGCAAACUUUUAUUCCAAAAAAAGGGGGGGGGAUACUCUUAUUCUGGAAAUAUAUUUGAUGAUGAAUAUUCAUCAGCACUUCAGGCCUGAGCCUUUGGCAACAGCAAGCUUGAGGUUUAUUUUUCUUGUUUCUUCUUUAAUGACUUCAUCAGAUUCAUUGCAGAAGUAUUCCAUUUUAAAAUACAUUGUUUCAUUUUACAAAUCCUAUCAGACACUUUAUUUUCUCCCAUUCUGUCCCAUAUUCUGAACCAUCACACGAGCGAGUGCAGUCCCUGAUCACUCCACAUUCUUUUCAAUAUACAAAGCCAACAUUACUAUGGACCUCAUUCCAUUUGGGGUGGGGUGGGGGGAAGAAAGUGGGGGAAUUUUAAACCACUUUUCCAUGAUCUGUUUUUCUCAUGCCUCCAAUUCCUACAUUAUACCAGUGUUAUUAUAAACCACUUUGCCACAAACCCCUUCUCCCAGGUUUUCCUUUCCUCCAUUAUACCAAUGUUAUGUUAAACAGCUAGCAAUAGCACAAUUUUGAAAGCCUAGAUUACUAUGAAGGAGAAUGCAGUGAAAGCAAAGUGGUGAUAUCUUACAAUACCGCUAUUCCAUAGGAUUACAUUAAUUAAGGAAUUACUCUUCCAGGUUCAUACAGAAGGACUUUGUAAAAGAAGUGGAGCAUAGGAGACAACCCAUAGGAAUGCCUAUUUCCACGUCACUGAAACAAUUCAACAUGGGUGAAUCUGACAAAUCCCAUCCCACGUGUUUUUAAUCACUUUUUGUAAUUGCAGAUGCACUGGGAGCUCAAAAGACAGGUUCACCCCAUCUCCUUCCUCCCCCUUUUUACUCGUCUACAUUUCAGGUACAAAGGGUAAUGGAUGACAACUAGAAGCCUGUGAAAGGCUCCAUGGCACUUUAUCUUGGAAAUGCCUUGGAAAUUUAUGGAAACAGGGGAGGACUUGCAACGAAUGAGGUCCUAAGACUUCUCAGGCUGCCUUCCUAGGGGGAACUCAUGGCAAAGUUCUCUGCAAUACCAUUUCCAGAUCUUGAGUGGUCUUGAAAUCUCGACCUGAUUUUCUUUCUGGAAAAAAUACUAUUUAUAAAUAGACUUCCAACAUGAUACUUGACAAAGGAUAUAUCCGUAUCUAUCUAUCUGUAAACUUACCAUAUCUUUUCAGACAGCAGACAGAGAGGUGUAAAUGAAGUUUAGUUUCUGUCCCAGGUUAUGCCUCUUUCCCCCACAAAAGCACAGGGCUGUAGCCAAGGGGGGAGGAGUUAGGGGUUCAACCCCCCCCUUGAAAUUUUUCAGGUUUAAAAAAACCUGGUUUCCUUAUGAAUUUUAACUGAUUAACCAAAUCCGCACGAGUGUCCACUGAAAUUUAUCUGUCUUGAGUGUCCACUGAAGUUUACCAAUGGAGCCUGAUUUCUAAAUUAUUUUGUCUUAUGGAACUACUCUUCAUGAUUUGCUUGAAAAAGGUUCACCCCCCCCCCCCCAUUUUUUCUGGCUAUGGCCCUGCAAAAGUGUAAUGUUUUGUUCUUGGUCCAUGCACCACAGCUGGCUGAGUUUCCAAGAACACGGAAAGACUGAUAAAACAGUAUGAUGGUGAGAAGAGCAGUUGGAAACAAAAUGCAUGACAUAACAGCUGGAUGAAGCAUGCUGGCUAGAAACAUAAAAUUAAAAAUAGUACUGCACAAAUUAAAAAAGGAAGUUGUAUGCUUAGGGCAAGAGCAUUGGUGUAAGGGCACCUGGCUUGGAAAACAAUUUAGACAUUUAGAGAUGUGAUUUCUUCUCUACAGCAUGUUCUCUACACUAAACCCCUGUGAAUUGGGUGGAUCCAUGUUUAGGCAUUUUCCCUUUGAUUGGUUAAAUUGUGUUUUGGCAGAAGAGAACUGACAUAUCACUACUCUUUAUCUCAAUCUAGUACUGGGAGAGUCUGACAGCACUGGGUUAAAAAGCUGGAAUGUUUCCUUCAAUUACAGUAGAGUCUCACUUAUCCAAGCUAAACGGGCCAGCAGAAGCUUGGAUAAGCAAAUAUCUUGGAUAAUAAGGAGGGAUUAAGGAAAAGCCUAUUAAACAUCAAAUUAGGUUAUGAUUUUACAAAUUAAGCACCAACACAUCAUGUUAUACAACAAAUUUGACAGAAAAAGUAGUUCAAUACGCAGUAAUGUUAUGUUAUAAUUACUGUAUUUACGAAUUUAGCACCAAAAUAUCACGUUAUAUUGAAAACAUUGACUACAAAAAUGGCUUGGAUAAUCCAGAAGCUUGGAUAAGCGAGGCUUGUUUUUGACAACUAUUCAUGUUUGGUAAAUCUAGCUUGCAUGAAAGAUUGUGAUGUUUUACAUCACACUGAGACAAAUGUGGGUCAGCCGGUGAGUAUACAAUAAACAGAAACCUGAGAGCAAUCAAUAUAUUCUGACAAGUGUGGCCAUAGGUUUUACACAGAAAGCAUUUAGAGUUGGUAGAUCAUUCAGUAACAAUGGAAGCAAUGCGGAGAGGAACUAUGUAAAAUCUGAACAAUCUUCAAAGGCUAGAUCUAACAUCUCAAAGAAUGAGUACACUGUGCAUGCAAUCCUUAAUUAGUAGUAGUAGUAGUAGUGUUAUUUAUAUCCCAUUUUAUCUUUCCAAAUGCAUUCCUGGCUACUGCCAAAAUGUGAGUUGAAUCCAGAAAUACACCCAAACUGCAUACAUGCAUCAUCAAGAGGACUGUAACCCCAACAAAGACUGAAUCCCUAUUUCUUGAUCUGCUUUUUGACCAAUCAGGAGCACCUCUGUCUUGUUUGGAUUUCAAUGUGUUUACCCUCAUCCAGUCCAUUAUUAGUGACAGACAUUGGUUUUGGACCAGGGUUUAGCUGGAAAGGAAUAAGAGUUUAAUGGCAUCUAUAUAUUCAUGGCUAAGAUUGUUCAACUGAGGCUAUCAUAGUAUGAGACAAUAUGCACAUUAAAUAGCAAUAUGCUUUGUAAUGUGAGAGGCACUGGGAAAAGAGAAAGACCACACAAUAAAUAGAUUCAACCAAUCAAGGAGGCAACGGUCCUGAAUUUACAAGACUUGAACAAGGAAGUUGAUGAUGGCGGUUCUUAGAGAUCCCUUAUUCAUAGGUUUGCCCACUUGGCAUAAGUUGAAGAUGAUUAAAUUGUAGGGGCAAACAAUUCUUAGGUUACAAUUAGGUUAAUUUACUUUCAUUCUGUUAUAAAGUUGGCCUGGGUACCUUGAGCCAGUUGGUAUUUUUGACUUAGCCAACCUCACAGACUUUGUGCUGUAGAAAUAGGGUGAUUCAGAAUGUCUUGAGGAUAAAGUUUCAAAUGAAGCCAGGACUUUUUUGUUGUUAGAAAAGCAAAUUUAGAAGACAUAUGAGAGAAUUAUAUAGUAUAUAAUUAUACUGCAGCUAGAUUGCAGAGAUGGAAGACAACAACCAUCUGAUCACAGAAAGAUUGGUUAAUGAAAUGGUAUGACUUGGCUGAAAUGGGUGCAUUAACUAUUUCCACCAGAGAAAAAGCAUCAAGUAGUAUUAAUAAGGAGUGGGAAAAGUUAAUUAUCUUUUUUGCAAAAACAACAGGGAGAAUUGUCAACAGUGGGGUUUGAUGUUGAGUAGAAUCAAUUAAGUUGUAAAAGUUUAUAUAAGAUGCCAUAGGAUACAGAAAUUAAGAGAUUGUAACAUAGCUGUUGGGAGGAAAGUUGGGAGUUAUUCUGGGGUUUUUUUUUGUCCCCUUUCAUUUUUGUAAUUUGUAUUUUUUCCCUUUUAUAUCAUUCAAGUAUAUGUAGUUUUAUUUAUAAAAUUAUAUAUAUUUUUAAAAGAAAUAGGGUGAGAUAUAUAUAUAUAUAUACACACACACACACACACACACACACACACACACACACUGUCUUGUCCCUUCUGAGGCCAGCGGUAUGGCAAACCUUAUUAACCAUGGCUGUGGAAUUCAAAUUCCGUUUAUGUAAGUGUAUAUAUAAUUCUUACUGUAUCAUUUUGGCUGAUAUAAUUCUGUAAAGCUGCUGCCAGAAGUAAUACCCCUGGGGCCUAACACUUUUCAUCCCAGUCCCAUCAGUGUUAUGAAUGCCUGUUUCUUCACACCAUUAGCCAAUUGCUAUUUGCAGAGGCAGCAAAUGCACAGUGUACUGACAUCAUGGCAUGGCCUAUGCAUCCUGUCUUUAUAACUGCGUGCUCAUCGCACCCCAAUCACUGCAUGCUUUACGGUGUUUGUGCAUAAUUCACUAUUUUGAAUGAAAAUAAAUAUGUUCUUAUGUGCCUUCAAGUCAUUUUCUGAGCUAUGGUGACCCAAAAGUGAAGCUAUCAUGAGAUUUUCUCGGCAAGGUUUAUUCAUAGGGUGUUUGCGGUUUGCGUUCCACAGAGGCUGAGAUAAUGUGAGAAAAGGCCACAAUUGGUUUGUUGGCAGUGCUAUAUUCAUUAUGCAAUAGUUGUAACUCAAACAUACUGAGAAGCAUGUAUUAUCUACAUAGGCAGCUUUAAAAGGUGGCAAGAGAGUUAGAGUAGCACACACUAGGCUUGUGUAUUUCUGGUGUAUUGCUAUCAUUUUCUGCUUGCCAGAUACCGGAAGCCCCCCAUAUCCAUUUUCAAGCACCUCUCAACAACGGGUGUGCUGCCGAAUGAGCGUUUUUGUUCCGCAUCUGAAAAAAAUGGAUAUGUUCAGUCCUUUGGCAGCAAUGGAGAACUUACAAGGAUCCUCUUUCCCCUGAGAGCCUUUUCUUUCUUCCCUUCAAGGGAGCCUGCGUGUCAGCAAUGGGGUUAAGAAAGCACCCUAUCUAGCCCAUUAUGGGAGGGGGGAUCCCCACAGGUGCCCCUUCCAUAUCCUUUAUUAAGACCUGGAUUUUAAAAAGCAUCAGAGUUAAAAUAUUGCUCUUUCUGGAUCCUUUACCUUUUGUUUGUAGAAGAGACCAGAUUUAAUGCUUCUUAAAUUUGUUUCUACUCUAGAGGAGAGGCAGGUGCACACUUUCUCUCAGCAGCAUCAACCAGCAUACCACAGCUUUCCAAGGCAUUUUAAGGAGGCCCAGGGAAGGAAGAGUGAUGACCUGUACUUCAGUGGAGCUAUCUAUCUUCCCUGGACUACCUUAAAAAUCCUCUCUGUUUUUUUCUACUGAAUGCUUGUAAUCUCCUUUCUGCUUGCUGGUUUUGCUUCCUUAAAACUGUUUCUACUUUCUACUCUAGAGGAGAGGUAGGCUUCUCUUUUUGUUUGCUGGGAUUACUAUUAUUAAUAAUAAUCAUUAUGUUUUAAAAGUAUUUUCUGAAGAAGAGGAGGGGAAGGAGAAAAAGAAGCUAAAAGAGUGACUCUCCAAACUCCCAAAUGUGUGCUCACCCCACCCACCUUCCCUCACGUCCCAACUCCCAGUCAGUCCCACUGAAUAAAAAGAAUCAGGAAAAUAAAGGAAAAUUAAAAAGAUUCAACUGUGGUGCCAAAUAGGAGAGGAGGAGCCAAAAUCGGCUCUUGCUUGUUUUCUUGUUGGGUGGGUUCUGGUACGAGGAGGGCCCUUACUGUUUUGAGCACACAUAACAAAACAGAUAAGCCGAAUGGCCAAAGGGACUGGCUAAAAAUGGAUUUGUGCACAUGUCUAGCACACACACACCUUUAUUUCAGAUCUUUGUAGAGAUUUGCGGAAACAUAUUUUAACUAUAUACAGUAUGUAUAAUACUCCAAAUCUCCACAAAAGUCAGAAAUAAAGAGACCAAGGAUGAAUAAUUACUAGUGAUACAAAAUUAGACAACAGGGGUGUGGUAAGUAGGCACACUAAAAGCAUCUGACUCAGCCUGUUAUUACCCCCAGAUCCAUGUAUGCAUUUUUCCACCUUUUCUUUCUUUGGGAAGGUGGAAUUCUUUUGUCUGUCCCUCCUUUGGGUUGAAAAUGCCAUCAAAUAUUUUCCAUGCCAAGGCUGUGAGAGAACUAACUGGUGAAAAAUGAAUGAGGUUGCUGUUUUAUAUAGUCUCUUCUACUUUUAAUCAUUUAAACUUUUCUGAAUAGCACAAAGGGGGAAUAUCUUGUGCUAUGAAAUUAUCUCCAUGAAGCCUUUCUCUUUCAGGGCUGGCAGUUGGCCAUAGCCCACUUUCUGAUAGGGAAAGUCUGAUCUUUGCCUCCAGACAAACCUAUUGUUCUGUAAGCUCACUAGGCUUAGCAUGCUUACAGAGACUGUGAGAUCUCAUGGCCUGAGCCUCCAAUUUGCACAAGUCAUCUCCAGGCAGGCGAAAAGUAGCCUCUGCUUUGUAUAAGGAUGAUUGGUGAACUUCCCUGUGCUGAUUUGCCAGCCUACAUGGUGAUUGGUGGGAUAGCAGGACAAUCUGCAUCCCACCGAUUUGCCACAGAGGCUGGCAAAUGUCCAGCUGGCAGCAACACUUCCCCAUCUCACGUGGGUAUGUGUUGCUGUGCAACUUUUCCCCAUGGUAGCCCUGUUGUUUCAAAUGAAACCCAGAGAGGUUCCCAUGUUGGUGGUGCAGCAUCCUACCAUGCUGCCACCCCAGUUGAGCAAUGGAGCCCUGCUGGAAGUGAGACUACGUCAUGUGAUGGGCAGCGUGGGGCUCGAUUGCUUAACUGGGGUGGCAGCAUCCUAAGAAGCUAAAAAUGGUCAUGUGAUGAGGUUGAAAAACUCUUGUUCAUCUGAAAUCAUAGAAUCGUAGACCUGAAAGAGGCCACAAGGGUAUCCAGCCCAACUCCCUGCCAUGAAGGAAUAUAUUAUUUAUUUAUUUAUUUAUUUCCAUCCUUUCUGUCCCGCCCUUCUCACCCGAAGGGACUCAGGGCGGCUUACAAAACUGGCCGAAUUCGAUGCCAAUAUACAACAAUACAAAAGAAUAAAAGAUAAGCAAUUAAAAACAGAUUUAAAAUAAUACAAAAUACUUGAGCCAUUCAUCCACAAAACCUUGUACAUAAACCUUAGUCCAGACUGAGUCGAAGCCAACGAAACUUAUUCUUUGAACGCUUGCUCGCAUAGCCAGGUCUUCACUUUCUUUCAAUAUACAAUCAACUUAUAGAGCAGCAGCUUAUUAUGUUUUCCAAAACUUAAUGGAAUUGUUACUGCAACUUGCAAAGACUCUCUGGGUUUAUGGGAUUGGGCUCCCAGUGAUUGUAGCACCAGGGCUUAUUUGCCACAUUGCUCUGCAUCCAUAGCCUGACUAGAAGCAAGCUUGAUUGCUUGUUCCUUCUUCCCUCUCCUUAUUUAGGCGAGAGUGCCUUAUUUGAGAUUUCUGUCUUAAUUUCAAAAAUGAAAAUUGAAUGAUUUAAUUAUUUUAGUCACCCUCCUCUGGACACUUUCAAUCUUGUCAACAUCUUCCUUCAUUUGCGGUGCCCAGAACUGAACACAUAUUCCAGGUGUGGUCUGACCAAGGCAGAAUAGAGGGGGUAGCACGACUUCCCUGGAUCUAGACACUAUACUCCUAUUUAUGCAGGUCAAAAUCCCAUUGGCUUUUUUUGCUGCCACAUCACAAUUGUGGCCUCAUGUUUUAGGCUUCCUUAGUAACACUUGAGUUUAACAUUUGUUUUGCCUGAGAUACUCCCACUUAUGAGGCAAAGUAUGCCCAACAAUGAAUGUCUUGGAGAAGGGAGGGUAAACAGAUACAGUAAUGCCAUUCCAUGGUGAAGUGAAGCCAUUCUACACUGGUAUCUGGUGGGCGAGGAGUGCUAAGACAUCACAGUGCUAUCACAAGCUUUCAGCUGUUGAUGAGCCUCUGAGAAACAUCUGUUUUUUCAUAGCAGCAAGAUCCACUCAUCUCCAUCUCCAAAGGAUACCUCUUCCUUCUUAAAGGUGUCUCAGAAGUGUUGACUUGGUAAAGAGGCUUCUUGCUUUGGGGAAACUGCAUCAAGGAGUGUGUCAGAGAGGUGAACAUCAAACAGGCCAUUUCAGCAGGAUCUAAGAAGAUCAAAAGAAUUGUGUAUGUUGAUACACGUCUUCAUAGUGAACUGCGAAAGCAAUAAGCCUGUUUGCAGAACAUUCUACCAGAGCUCUCCUUUCCCAGAACGGCAUCGAAGCUUGUUCCUGUUCUUCUCAAGACAAUGGGGGUGGAUGGUGAAAAUGCCAUUCUAAGGAAUAUUCUGGUUGGUUUCAACUUAAUGCUGCUUGGCUCCAUCUUUAGGCCCUUUGAGUGCCGCCUUGAAGUGAUGACAGAGAGAGUCAAAAGACAGGUGGCUGAUGAGGACGGCAACUUUGUCAACUACACAACACCUAUCAAAGAACAACCUAUGGUCUUCAGCCAUAUAUAUAACAUUAAUGUGCCUCUGGACAGCCUCUGUUCAACUUCACUAGAGGCUUCAUCUGGCACAGAGGUGAGUUCAGAAGACGACCGGAUGACAGAAUACACGGAGCAGACUUCUGACAGUGAGAGCCAGGUCACCUUUACGCACAGGAUUAACCUUCCCAAACAGACUUGCAAGUGUGUCGCCUCCUCCCGGGACAUGCAGGAGCUGCUGAGCAGAAUUGAGAUGCUGGAGAGGGAGGUGUCCAUACUCCGGGACCAAUGCAACUCCAAUUGCUGCCAAGACAAUGCAGCCACAGGGCAGCUGGAUUACUUCCCCCACUGCAGUGGCCAUGGAAACUUUAGCCUGGAAUCCUGUGGCUGCAUUUGCAAUGAAGGCUGGACUGGGAAGAACUGUUCAGAGCCGCUCUGCCCCAUAGGCUGCUCCAGCCGAGGCGUGUGUGUGGAUGGCCAAUGCAUCUGCGAUGGCGAUUAUAGUGGGGAGGAUUGCUCCGAGGCACGCUGCUCUACCGACUGCAGUUUCCGGGGACUCUGUGUGGACGGAGAAUGCAUCUGUGAAGAGGGCUUUGCUGGUGAAGACUGCAGUGAACUCAGAUGUCCUGCGGACUGCUCAGGGAAGGGAAAGUGUGCCAACGGGACUUGCAUCUGCCAGGAGGGGUAUGUGGGGGAAGACUGUGGGCAGCUGAGAUGCCUUAAUGCCUGCAGUGGACGUGGAUCCUGCCAGGAAGGCCUAUGCUCUUGUGAGGAGGGCUACCAGGGCCAAGACUGCUCAGCAGUUGCUCCACCUGAGAGUCUGCGUGUGGCUGCUAUCAGUGACCGGUCAAUUGACCUUGAAUGGGAUGGCCCAAUGGCAGUGACCGAAUAUGUGGUUUCCUACCAGCCAGCGGUGUCUGCAGGCCUGCAGCUCCAGCAACGCGUCCCUGGUGACUGGAGCGCUGUCAGUAUCAAGGAGUUGGAGCCAGGCCUGAUCUACAAUAUCAGCGUCUUUGCUGUUAUCAGCGAAGUGCUUAGUGUCCCUGUCAGCGUCAAAGUGGCCACACAACUGUCUACUCCAGAAGGGCUGAAGUUCAAAACAAUCACAGAGACCACCGUGGAGAUGCAGUGGAAGCCCUUUGCAUUCUCGUUUGACGGCUGGGAGAUCAGCUUCAUCCCCAAGGACAAUGAAGGGGGUGUAAUUGCACAGCUCCCUAGCAGUGUGACAACUUUCAACCAGACGGGGCUGAAACCAGGUGAGGAGUAUACAGUCAAUGUGGUAGCCCUCAAGGAACAAGCCCGAAGUCCACCUGCCUCAGCCAGUGUGUCAACACUCAUUGAUGGGCCGACCCAGAUUUUGGUGCGAGAUGUCUCAGAUACAGUGGCCUUUGUUGAAUGGACUCCACCUCGGGCCAAAGUUGACCACAUCCUUUUGAAGUACGGCCUAGAGAAUGGGGAAGGGGGAAAAACCACCUUCCGGCUCCAGCCUCCCCUGAGUCAGUAUUCCAUGCAGGCCCUGCGACCGGGUUCAAAAUAUGAAGUCUCUAUUGCUGCUGUCCGGGGCACUAAUGAAAGUACAGCUGUAUUCGCCCACUUUGUAACAGAAAUUGAUGCUCCCAAGAACUUGCAUGUAGUCUCUCGGAUGUCAGACCGCCUGGAACUUGAAUGGGACAACAGUGAGGCAGAGGUGAAGACCUUCAAGGUGGUGUACAGCACCCUGGCAGGCGAGCAGUACCAUGAGGUCUUGGUGCCGCGGAGUCCAGGCAUCACUACCAGAGUCACCCUCACAGAUCUGAUACCAGGAACAGAAUAUGGAGUUGGGAUUUCAGCUGUAAUGGAUGGAAAGCAAAGUGUUCCCGCUACUAUGAAUGCAAGGACCGAGCUCGACAGUCCUCAUGAUCUCAUAGUGACAGCAUCCACGGAGACAUCCAUUUCUGUGUCCUGGACGAAAGCCAAGGGCCCCAUUGAUCACUACCGAGUCACCUUCAUCCCUGCUUCGGGAAUGGCAUCUGAGGUUACCGUUGCCAAGGACCAGUCUGAGUUUACAUUGUCAGACUUGGAACCCGGGACUGAGUACACUAUCUCUGUCAUUGCUGAGAGAGGCCGUCAGCAGAGCCUUGAGGUCACAGUGGAUGCCUUUACAGGGUUCCGACCCAUCACACAGCUUCACUUUUCUCAUGUGACUUCCUCCAGUGUGAACAUCACUUGGAGUGAUCCCUCCCCUCCAGCAGAUAAACUCAUACUGAACUACAGUCCCAGAGACAAAGAGGAAACCAAACAAGUGAUGCUGGAUCCGACCAAGAGACAUGCUGCCUUGACUGGCCUGCAACCCUCCACAGAAUACAUGGUCUCCUUGGUGGCUGUGCAUGGCCCCAUCAGCUCUGAGCCCAUUAUUGGCUCCAUCGUAACAGGAAUUGAUCCACCUAGAAACCUGACUAUUGAUAAUGUGACGACAGAUUCUGUGACUUUCCACUGGGCCCCUCCUAUUGCAUCCUUUGACCACUAUAGGAUAGCCUGUAAAUCUGCUGAAGGACGAGUGGACAGCAUAGUUGUUGCCAAAGGUGUCACCGAGUACACACUCAGCCACCUACAGCCGGCUACUGAGUAUGAGAUCUUUCUGAAGACUGUGCGGGGCAGAGAGGAAAGCGAACCUCUUUCACACAUCAUGUAUACAGCUAUGGAUAAUCCAGAGAGUUUGACUGCCACAAACAUUACCCCAACAGAAGCCCUGCUGAAGUGGGAAAUACCCACUGCUGAAGUGGAGAAUUAUGUCAUUGUGCUCACACAUGACACAGUUGCAGGAGAGACUAUCUUAGUGGAUGGUAGCAAUCAAGAAUACCAGCUAAUCAACUUGCUCCCAAGUACCAGCUAUGGAGUCACCAUGUAUGCUACUAAUGGGCCUGUCACCAGCAGAACCAUCUUCACGAACUUUACCACUCUUUUAGAUCCUCCAUCAAAUCUAACAGCAACUGAAGUGACUCGACGGAGUGCACUCCUUUCAUGGCUGCCUCCCAUGGCUGAGAUUGAGAACUAUAUCAUGACCUAUCGGACACCUGAUGGAAGCCGUAAGGAGCUGAUUGUGGAUGCCGAGGACACUUGGAUCCGCCUAGAAGGGCUUUCAGAAAACACCGAGUACACAGUGCGCCUCCAAGCAGCCCAGAAUGCUGUAAGGAGUGGGUUCACCUCCACCAUAUUCACAACAGGAGGCCGUGUGUUUAUGAAUCCUCAGGACUGUGCCCAGCAUUUGAUGAAUGGUGACACAUUGAGUGGUAUUUAUACUAUCUCCCUGAACAGCGACCUCAACCAGAGAAUACAAGUGUACUGUGAUAUGAACACGGAUGCUGGUGGAUGGAUUGUGUUCCAGAGGCGACAGAAUGGGCUGACAGAUUUCUUUCGGAAGUGGGCAGAGUAUCGCACUGGCUUUGGAAACCUAGAGGAUGAGUUCUGGCUGGGACUAGAUAACAUGCACAAGAUCACUUCACAAGGACGCUACGAACUGCGGAUAGAUAUGCGAGAUGGCCAGGAAACAGCCUACGCCUAUUAUGACAAGUUCUCUAUUGGAGAUGCCAGGAGCCUGUACAAGCUCCGGAUAGGAGACUACAAUGGCACUGCUGGGGAUUCACUCACCUAUCAUCAGGGGCGUCCAUUUUCCACCAAAGACAGGGAUAAUGAUGUUGCUGUUACAAACUGCGCCAUGUCAUACAAAGGAGCCUGGUGGUACAAGAACUGCCACCGGACUAAUCUCAACGGCAAAUAUGGAGAAUCCCGACACAGCCAGGGCAUUAACUGGUAUCACUGGAAAGGACAUGAAUUCUCCAUUCCCUUUGUGGAAAUGAAGAUGCGGCCCUACAACCAUCGCAACACCUUGGGAAGGAAACGGAGGUCUAUGCAGCAGUGAAGCGGAAGGAACGCCCUCUGGACAAGGAGUCCUUUCCUGUCAUUUGUUUGUAUUUUAUAAUAUGAAAAGGAAAGAACCAGAGUAAUUCUGAAGUAGAAGCCUGCUCCAUAUUGAGUGGCUGAGGGGAAGCCAUGAUGCCCCGAGGGCUGGCUCACUUUUCUGAGUGAACAACCUUGAUGCUUUGCUAUCAUUCCCAAGUGACUUUAUUGAGUUCUGCCCAGCCCCACUUUCAUACAAGAAGAGUCACCUUGUAUUUUUAUUCCCUCCUGAGGCUGUUACAAAAUGGCCUUGUUUAAGGUUUUCUUCUUAACCCAAAUUCCGUUGUAGGUGCUUCCUUUCACAGGCCAGCCAACUUGCCGAAAGGUACUAAAAGGAAGCUCCCAGAGUUAUUGUUGCUCAUGUAGCUGCUACACAAACCGAGUGAUGGCUUCAUACUGAUACCUGCCUGUUAAUUCAGCCAAUGCUCAUCAGCCAGGAAGGGGAUCCCAAAUAUGUAUGCGUGUUUAAACCACUUUCAGAGGUCAUACAAGCAUAUCCAUGUUAAGGCCUCUCAGUUGGCUACCCUAAUACAUGUGAGAGGAACCCAUUCUUUCCAAUGCAAGAAUCCAUGUCCUUUCAUGCCCUCCCCACAUCUCAAAGUAAUAUUCUACCCAAGUGAUAUGCACAGGAACAAAUGGAAACAAAGCAAAUUAUCCUUAAAAAGUAGCUCUAUGUGUAAAGGCCUCAUUCCAAUAUUCCCAUCACUCACAAUUUCCAAAGCAUUCCAAAAUAGGUUUCCACAUAGAUUUAAUUCAUAUCAGUGUUAUUUUUAACCUUUGCUUCUGAAAAGGUUUACGUGAGAAAUAGAAUCUUCAAAGAGUUCACAUCUAUACUCCGCAACUGUCCAUUUGUGAAAAUACCUCAACCCAAUUUACCUACCCUUUUGGAGACAGUUUUAUAUAGCAGUUGCUUCUUGUUGUAUAGGUAGGUACAAGGGCUGUGCAAAAUUAUCGUUAGUCCUCGUAAUUCGGUUCAAAUUUGUUAAAUUCAUACUUACGACACAAUAUCCGACAUGUGGGCAUGACCCGUACCAAAAACUUUAGAAUCAAAACUCACCAAAUACUUUUUCAUUUGAAUUGUGUAAACCUCAGAAGCCUCCCAAAGUCAGUUUCAUUUUCAAUGCAAGUAAGCAAAGCAAAGCCAAAAAGGUUGCUAUUCCUCAUUAAAUUAAUGGUCUCUCGCCAAUAGAAGAGGGAAGCAGCAGGGAGAAAGUAGAGUUCACUGGAAAGCACAGAAUUCUGGGAAAUGUAGUUUGGGAAGGCGAGGAGCCUUAUGGCAGCAAAUUCAAAAGACCCUGCCCUAAACUACAUUUCCCAGAAUUCUGCUCAGCAUUGGAAAGCCCCAAUCAGGAGAAGGGAGAGAUUUGUCCCUCCGUAGCAGCAGCCAGCCAGAGAUCCAAUAAAUUGUUGAAUCUGCAAAGAGGAGGAUUGACUGAUACUUGUAAGUAAAUCUCUGUGCUAGGCUAGGAAGAAAUCCCCAAAUGGAAGUCCUAUUGGUUAAUAUGACAAAUAGCUGUUGUGGCUUUUUUAAAACAUUUUUGUCAAAACUUUUUUUUUAAUCCCUAAAAUCAGUAGAUGUAUGAAUUUUCUGAAAGUUGGGGGAAUGAUCCCGUUAUCUUGUGUCAUUGUAUACAAAAUUCAAGGAGAUAACUCUUGUAGUUUUUUUUAAUGUUGUUUAUAAAAAAAAAUUGAAAAUUCCCCAAAAUUCCAUGGAUAAGUGAAACACUCUGAAACUUGAUGGGCAAAGGAUGAUGAAUGUGCUCUACCAUUUCAGCAAGUUUCACUCCAAUAGCUGUAAAAAUGAGGAAGAAAGAAGCGCCUGAAAUUUCCCCACUUGCGCAAUUACUAUAACAAAAAAGUAACGAAAUUUUGUUACUCUCGUUAUAGUAAUGAAAUUUUCACUAAUGAUACUUUAGAAACACUUUAGAAAUGAAACAGUGACACUGCCUAAUUUUGCAAUGAGUUUUGAAACAUUUUUUGCGUCGAUCGCACAGCCCUAGUAGGCACCACAUUGGAGCUGGAGAGAAACCUGGGGCCUACUCACAGCACAUAAUUAUAGUGCUGUUAUUCCAUUUUCGGGUAGUAAUGUGGGACUCAAGUUCAAAUCCCUGCACAACCAUGGAAACCCAGUGGGUGACCUUGAGCAAGUCAUUCUCAGCCUCAUAGGGAAGCAAAGGCAAAUCCUGUCUGAACACAUCUCCCCCUCCCCCCCUCGAAAAAAACUCAUAAGAGGAACACAUCAACAAUAAAUGCAACUACAGUAGAGUCUCACUUAUCCAACGUUCUGGAUUAUCCAAUGCAUUUUUGUAGUCAAUGUUUUCAAUAUAUCGUGAUAUUUUGUUGCUAAAUUCGUAAAUACAGUAAUUACUACAUAGCAUUAAUGUGUAAUGAACUACUUUUUCUGUCAAAUUUGUUGUAUAACAUAUUUUGGUGCUUAAUUUGUAAAAUCAUAACCUAU